ACGCAUAAUCGUUUAAGUCUUCGUUGAUUUUGCAUGUCUCAGUAAAAUGGAAGAAUUAAAGCCGACAAAUAUUUUGAAAUUCAAUCCGAACCAGAUGGCCGAUGUUCGGAAGGUAUUCGGAUAUGGUGACAUAGGAAUACUAAAACAAGAUAUUAAAAUAUUGGAAGAUUGGAUUAAUAAACAGAAUCAUUUUAUCGUGAGGGAUUUUGGGCGAGAUUAUUUAGAACGGUUUUUAAUAUACAACAAAGGAUCAGUAGAAAGGGCUAAGAAGCACUUCGACAGGCUGUGUACGUUCAGAAACUUAAUGCCGGAGUUCUUGAGGGACUUUGACGUGAGGAACGAAUUUGUUGAUUUAUUUAAAUGCUCGCAGUCAUGCGUGAUGCCUACGCCAACUCCUGACAACUACCGCGUGGUCAUAUCAAAAAUGUUUGGUAACCAUGAAAACGUAGCUCUUAUCAAUUACUAUAGGUAUUUGGUUGUGUUCACGGAAUAUAUAUUGUUGCACGACUACUGUCAAGGUUCUGAAAUGAUUGUGGAUACGAGGGAUAUAUUGUUCUCCAUGGUCGCUAAAUUAAACCCCAUAGUCGUUCACAAGGCGAUGACACUUAUUAUUGAAACAAUGGGCCAAAGAGUUAAAGCCAUACAUUUCAUAAGUGGUUCUAAGUUUUUGGAUACUGUCAUAAAUAUAAUAAAACAGGGACUUAGCGAGAAACUAAGAAAGAGAAUUUACACCCACAAUGACUUCGAGUCCCUUCAUAAACACAUACCUAGAGAAAUAUUGCCUAAGGACUAUGGUGGGAAUGGGGCCACUAUAAAAGAAUUGAGUGAGGCUAACUUCAAGGAAUUAUCGACGGAUGAACACAUUGCCCGACUGAAGUUCUUGGAGAAGGCCGCCACUAAUGAAGAUCUAAGGCUGUCCUGUAAAUUUAAUGAAGAAUACUCCGGACUGCCUGGAGCUUUCAAAACAUUGUGUGUGGAUUGAUUACUUAUAAAUAGAUAGUUUUAAAUUACCAAAAAUAUUGUCUAUUGGUAGCACAAACUAAAUAUAUUAUUUAUGAAAUAUAAAAACAAAAUUUGAAAUAAAAAAUGUAUCCAAAAAUACUACUUAUUAGCGAAACACUCACAUUCAUUGGUAAAUUCUCAGUUUUGUUUCUUUAAGUCAUAAUUACGUGAUCAUUCAAAAUUACUUCUUAUUAAUGUUUACAUAACGUCCAGGUUUGGAACGUUGUGGCGUGCAAUAACUUUAUUGAGUAAAUAUAUCUUUUCUCAACACA